ACAGGAAGAGGAGCACGUACGACAGCAAUGGCGGGCGAGAAUAACGGGCUCCAGCUGCUAGACUUCUGGGUGAGCCCGUUCGCGCAGUGGUGCCGCAUCGCGCUGGCGGAGAAAGGCCUGGCGUACGAGUCCCUGCCGCAGGACCUGUCCAACAAGGGCGACCUCCUGCUCCGCGCCAACCCGAUCCACAAGAAGAUCCCGGUGCUCCUCCACGACGGACGCCCCCCGGUCUGCGAGUCCCUCAUCAUCCUGCACUACCUCGACGAGGCGUUCCCGGCGACGCCGCCGCUGCUGCCGUCCGACCCCGCCGCCCGCGCGCACGCCAGGUUCUGGGCCGACUACGCGGAGAAGAAGGUGUUCGACUGCGGGACCCGGCUGUGGAAGCUCAACAAGGGCACGGCGCAGGCGCAGGCGCGGACGGAGAUGGUGGAGGCUCUGCGGACGCUGGAGGACGAGCUCGGCGACAAGGCCUACCUCGCCGGCGAGGCGUUCGGGUUCGUGGACCUCGCCGUCGUGCCCUUCGCGACGUGGUUCCUCGGCUACGGCCGCCUCGCGGAGUUCAGCGUCGAGGAGGUGUGCCCGAGGCUGCUCGCGUGGGCGAAGCGGUGCGGCGAGAGGGACAGCGUCGCCAAGAACCUGUACCUGCCGGAGAAGGUGUUCGAGUUCAUCGGCUAUCUCAAGGACAAGUACGGCGACAAGUAGAGUCACGAAUCCAUCCAUCACAAAUUCACAUGCAUGUUCAUCAUGGUCGGUUUCUCUCUCUCUCUCUCUCUCUCUCUCUCUUGGAGUUCUAUCUAUUUGGUCAUUGGCCAUUGAUGAUGAUUCGGUCUGCAUCUCCUACUCGAUGUCCGCUCCAUGUUUGAGAAUUGAAUAAAUAAAAAGGAUAUUUUUCCUGAC